GACCUCUCUCUGUCUUUCUCUCUCUCUUUCAGUUUUGAAACUUCACUCCAAAAGUUUCUUUUAUUUUCCGCAAUGCCAAUAAUUUUCCCGGAAAUUUUCCAACUCUGAAUCCCUUUCUCUGUUUUUUCUUCUUCUUGUGUUUUUUGGGUGCGAGUUUAAAAUUAAAUGGCUUCCCUUAUUCCCCUGUCCUUCUCAGCGAUUAGCCAAUGUUCUGAGAGAAGAGCCGUGGUAUCGUCGCCUCGAAAUUUAGCUUCCAAUUCUGAGUGGUUCAGAUUGCGCACCAGCUUUUCCUGCCAUUUUGUAGGUUUUCGAGCUUCAAACUCGACUUCUCGUAUGAUUAUCAAUUGCAUGUCUUCUACUACAGACUCACCCACUGUAGCUGACACGAAGUUAAAUUUUCUCAAGGCUUACAAACGACCAAUCCCAAGUGUCUAUAACAGUGUCUUGCAGGAGCUGCUUGUUCAGCAACACUUGAUAAAAUACAAGAAGUCAUACCGUUAUGAUCCUAUCUUUGCUCUUGGUUUUGUGACUGUUUAUGAUCAGCUUAUGGAUGGAUACCCCAGCGAUGAUGACCGAGAAGCCAUCUUCCAAGCAUACAUAAAAGCGUUAAAUGAGGACCCAGAGAAGUAUAGAGCUGAUUCACAGAAGUUGGAAGAGUGGGCUCGGGCUCAGAGUUCAAGUUCAUUAGUCGAGUUUUCAUCCAAAGAAGGAGAAGUGGAGGAGAUAUUGAAGGACAUUUCAGAAAGAGCAGCCAAUGGAAAUUUCAGCUACAGUCGGUUCUUUGCUGUUGGACUUUUUCGUCUUCUUGAGUUGUCAAAUGCAACUGAACCAACAAUAUUGGAAAAGCUUUGUACAGCUUUGAACAUUAACAAAAGAAGUGUGGACCGGGACCUUGAUGUAUAUCGCAAUCUGCUUUCCAAACUGGUUCAGGCAAAGGAGCUGCUAAAGGAAUACGUUGCCAGGGAGAAGAAGAAAAGAGAAGAAAGGACUGGUCCAACAGCCAAUGAAGCCGUUACAAAAUGUUUGGGAGAUUAUCAGUAUGCACGCCAGUAAUUCAGUGCUGGUAAUGAGGGAAUUACUUGCUAUUUUUCCACGACUUUGAGGUAAUGUUGGGAGCUUUCACAGUUUAGGUACCUUUUAUCAGCUUUUACGUCAGCAGUUCAUAUAUUGUGAAAACAAGAAACCAGCUAAAUCCUAUUUUCUUUCUUCAUUUCAUGUUUAUAACACGUAUUUCUCAUUUGUUUCGGUUAUCUUAUAGUUUUGUACCGACCCAAAUGUAUAUCAAGUCUAUUUCUCAAAAUUGCACUUCGCAUAUUAUCGUGCGUUCUCUAAAGAAAUCAAAAGAUUUACAGUAA